UGAAAACGAGUUGUUUGGCUAUCUACAACUUCAACUAACUUCAGUUGGUGAGAUUUCCGUCUCACCGUUUCAUGUUCUUGUGAAUCUCUUGUUGAAAGUAAUCCGAAAAACGGUAUAAAUCAACAUGAAUAUCACGUCCGCAGCUGGUAUUAUCUCCCUGCUGGAAGAGCCCAUGCCGGAGCUAAAAGUAUUUGCAUUGAAGAAAUUAGACCUAAUUGUGGAUGAAUUUUGGCCAGAAAUAUCAGAAGCAAUCGAAAAAAUUGAAAUUCUUCACGAAGACAAGGCUUUUAAUCAACACGAGUUGGCUGCCUUGGUUGCCAGCAAGGUCUACUAUCACCUUGGUAGUUUCGAAGAUUCCUUGACAUAUGCUCUUGGAGCUGGUGAACUAUUUGAUGUCAACGCCCGCAAUGAAUAUGUUGACACUACUAUCGCAAAAUGCAUCGAUUAUUAUACCCAACAACGCGUCUUGGAAGUCGAGGGAAAAUUGACUGCUGGUAGUAAAGGAAUAGAUCCAAGGCUCGAAGGCAUUGUGAAUCGUAUGUUCCAGCGAUGUUUGGAUGAUAGUCAAUACCGUCAGGCUUUGGGUUUGGCAUUGGAAACGCGACGCAUGGAUAUCUUCGAAGCUGCCAUUAUGCAAUCAGAUGAUGUCUGUGGCAUGCUUUCCUAUGCUUUCCAAGUUGUGAUGAGCCUUAUCCAAAAUCGUGGCUUUCGUAACACUGUCCUACGUUGUCUAGUGAAUCUAUAUCACAAUCUUGGAACUCCAGACUACGUAAACAUGUGCCAGUGCCUGAUAUUCCUCGACGAUCCAUUAGCUGUCGCCGAGUUAUUAGAUAGACUGAGCAAAGGACCCCAGGAUUCUGUUUUAAUGGCAUAUCAAAUCGCAUUUGAUCUCUACGAAUCUGCUACGCAACAGUUUCUAGGACGUGUUCUGCAGGCUUUAAGAGCAACUGCUCCCAUUCCUGCAGCUCUCAUGGUCAAACCAAUAAUAAAGCCAGCAGCUAAGGCUACUGCAGACGUACCCUCUGAAUCCAGUACUACUGAAACUGAUAGUAGUCCUGCUGCGAUAGAAGAGAAGCCACAGCGUAGUGUAGAUAGCUUGAAUGCAGAGGAACGCGAACAGCAGGAACGCGUCGAUGCACUGUCCAGUAUUUUAGGCGGAGAGGUUUCGAUUGACUUGCAUCUUCAGUUCCUCAUUCGUAGUAAUCAUACGGAUAUGCUAAUUCUAAAAAAUACUAAGGAUGCUAUACGAGUAUCCAUUUGUCAUACUGCUACAGUUAUUGCGAAUGCGUUUAUGCAUUCCGGAACUACCAGUGAUCAGUUUCUCAGAGAUAAUUUAGAGUGGCUCGCCAGGGCUACGAACUGGGCCAAGUUAACAGCAACCGCAUCUUUGGGCGUAAUUCAUAGAGGUCAUGAACAGGAGGCUCUUGCUUUGAUGCAAUCGUACUUACCACGUGACACUGGCGCUGGUGCGGGUUACUCUGAAGGAGGUGGCCUUUAUGCACUAGGUCUCAUUCAUGCUAACCACGGCGCUGCUAUUACGGAUUAUCUCCUGGGACAACUUAAGGAUGCUCAGAAUGAGAUGGUACGACAUGGUGGUUGUCUCGGUUUGGGUCUCGCUGCUAUGGGAUCUCACAGGCAGGAUGUUUAUGAACAAUUGAAGUUCAAUUUAUAUCAAGACGAUGCUGUAACUGGAGAAGCAGCUGGCAUUGCUAUGGGAAUGGUUAUGCUGGGUUCCAAGUCAACUCAGGCUAUUGAAGAUAUGGUUGCGUACGCGCAAGAGACCCAGCAUGAAAAGAUUCUGCGUGGCUUGGCAGUUGGUAUUGCGUUCACCAUGUACGGCCGUCUUGAGGAAGCCGAUCCACUGGUGACGUCCUUGAGCGCCGACAAGGAUCCAAUUUUGAGAAGAAGCGGAAUGUACACCUUGGCGAUGGCCUACUGCGGUACCGGAAAUAAUCAGGCCAUAAGGAAGCUGCUUCACGUUGCCGUAUCCGAUGUCAACGACGACGUUCGUCGUGCUGCCGUCACGGGAUUAGGAUUUCUUCUGUUUAGAACACCGGAGCAAUGUCCAAGUGUCGUUUCCUUGCUGGCCGAGAGUUACAAUCCUCACGUGAGAUAUGGCGCAGCCAUGGCUUUGGGUAUAGCCUGCGCUGGUACCGGUCUCAAGGAAGCCAUAGCACUUUUGGAUCCGAUGACGAAUGACCCCGUGAACUUUGUACGGCAGGGUGCCCUCAUAGCAUCGGCCAUGAUCCUAAUACAGCAGACAGAAACUACGUGUCCCAGAGUCAAGGACUUCAGGGCAUUGUAUGCCAAAGUUAUCGUCGACAAGCAUGAGGACGUCAUGGCGAAGUUUGGUGCUAUCCUUGCUCAGGGUAUCAUUGAUGCCGGUGGUCGCAACGUCACUGUGUCUCUUCAGUCCAGAACUGGUCAUACCAAUAUGCUGGCUGUCGUUGGUGCACUGGUAUUCACUCAGUAUUGGUAUUGGUUCCCUCUGGCCCAUUGUCUCGCUCUGGCCUUCACUCCUACCUGCAUCAUCGCCCUGAAUGCUCAGCUGAAGAUGCCCAAGCUGGAGAUCAGAUCCAAUGCUAGACCAAGCAUGUAUGCUUAUCCUGCUCCACUGGAGGAAAAGAAACGCGAGGAACGUGAAAAAGUUACUACAGCUGUGCUGAGCAUUGCUGCUCGUGCGCGACGUCGUGAAUCCGAGAGACGUGCUCGUGAUUCUCAUGAGAAGAUGGAAGUGGAUCCUUCACCCAGUGACAGUAAAGAGACGGCUGAGGACAAGGCGAAGGAUGCUAAGGAGAAGGUGGAGAGGAAGAAGGAAAAAGAGGAGAAGGAAGCGAAGGAAGCGAAGGAAGCAAAGGAGGCGAAGGACGCUAAGGAGAAGAACGAUAAGAAGACAAAGGAUGAUUCUGAGAAGACUGAAAAGGAGAAGAAGGAGCCGGAACCCAAUUUUGAAAUCCUUCAAAAUCCCGCGAGGAUUCUGCGACAACAAUUGAAGGUUAUUCAGCUUGUCGAAGGUAGCCAAUACGUUCCUGUCAAGGACGUGAGUAUUGGGGGUAUUGUAAUGGUGAAGUAUAAUCAGCCGGAUACCGAAGAGGAGCUUGUUGAACCAGUGGCCGCUUUCGGACCGAAACCCGACGAGGAGAAAGAAGCUGAUCCUCCAGAACCCUUCGAGUAUACCGAAGAUUAAAUUGAAUCCGAGAAUACAUUUGAGCUCUCUGUACCGGAGUCAAAUUAAUUCCUACGAUUCAUAUUAAUGCAGUUUAAUAUAUUAUUUAGAAUUUUCUCCAAUAACGAACCCAUGAAUCAUUUAUUACACUAUAGCGUAGAAACGAAAACAGGAUUAAAUUCUAAAUUGCGAAUCCCGAUUCAAAAGAUAGUGCAGUCAGUGUCACGUACCCUGAGCAGACAUAAGUUUUCCUUCAGUCAUAAUAUGUAGACACGAGUGGUUUUGUCAUUUAAUAAAAAUCGUUUCAACAACUGUC